GGGCCUCCGAGCCCGUCGCCCGGCCCGCCAGGAUGCUGGCCAACUUGCAGGGGGUGGCCUGCCUCCCCUUCCUCCUGGUCACCUGGUCCUCCGCCGCCUUCAUCGUCUCCUAUGUCAUCGCGGUGCUGGAAGGGCACGUCAACCCCUUCCUUCCCUACAUCAGUGACACAGGAACGACACCUCCAGAGAGUGGCAUCUUUGGAUUUAUGAUUAACAUUUCAGCAUUUCUUGGUGCAGCCACAAUGUACACAAGAUUUAAAAUAGUGAAGAAACAAAGUGAAACUUCACACUUUAUCAGCCCUGUGUUUAACAUUGUGUCCUUUGGUCUUGGAUUGGUGGGCUGUAUUGGAAUGUGCAUUGUAGCAAAUUUUCAGGAAUUAGCCGUUCCGGUGGUCCACGAUGGAGGUGCACUUUUAGCUUUCGUCUGUGGGGUCGUGUACACCCUCCUUCAGUCCAUCAUCUCUUACAAGUCAUGCCCACGAUGGAAUAGUGUUACUAUGAGCCGUAUAAGGAUGGUCAUCUCUGCUGUAUCGUGUGCUGCUGUUGUUCCCAUGAUUGCAUUUGCUUCGCUGAUCUCCAUAACUAAAUUGGAAUGGAAUCCAGAUGAAAAGGAUUAUAAGAAUCAUCUAGGGAGUGCAAUUUGUGAAUGGACAGUGGCCUUUGGCUUCAUCUUCUAUUUUCUAACCUUUAUCCCAGAUUUCCAGGGUGUGACUAUAAAAGCAACAAUGGAAAUACAAAACAUCGAGUGAAGCUGGAACUUCACCAUGGCAUUGUGAGCUACAGGGGCCUGCUGGGGGCCCACCCUUGCCUGAGCAAACUGCCCACCGUCGUGGGCGACCAGACCUCACGUCUCUCAGGAGCAGGGCCACUUCAGAAGCCGGGCCCAGGCAGCUGUGGCCCUGUGUCUCUCGGGGCCCACCUUCUCCUUCCCAUCUCCUUCCCGGCAGUCCACUUCCCAACCCCCCUCGGGAGCUGGGAGCCACCACAGCCCGCUUCCCCGACCCUGUGGAGACGACAACAGUUGGGAAGCAAAGACUGUGGUGUAGAGUGGGAAGGAACCUCAAGACUGCCUCCUCUGAGUAUACUGUUCUCUUUGCCAUCUUUGCUCUUAAUUUUUGAUUCUUGUCAUCUUCAGAUGUUCCUGUUGUCUGUAAUUUGCUGUGUAAUUUAUUCCUCUUUUAUACGUUUCUAUCCUCCUCGACUUAGAUUGUGAGCCCAGUAUGGGACAGGGUCUGUGUCUGGGUUGCUUAAUCUUGAACCUACCCCAGCGCUUUGCACAGUGUUUUGCACAUGGAAGCACUUAAUAAACACUAUGGUCAACUAACUGAAUUCCAGAUGGUUGGAGUUUACAGUCAGAACCUUGCAUUUUUAAAAAAUGUAUAUAGAUUCACAUGGAGCUAUUAUGGGCUCCCUUUUUUAAACAUUUGAGAAUUGUAGAAUAAGUGAGCCAG